AGUUUCCAUAUCGGAAGACCGCCCCCCCGUGUCGUGUGUCGUGUCUCGCUUUCGGCUAAAACUAUCGGAAUAAAGGGAGGCUUGCACCGUACGCGAUAUACUCAAAUAUCCCCGGUAUAUAAUAAAGUGUAUUUGUGCCUUACUAUUAUGGAAAAUUAAAUCGCUAUUGGUUGUUUAUAUUUAUAGUAUAAAAAUAAAUUUUCAUUAUAUUCAGUGAUUCGCGGUAUUACGUAUAGAUAGUUUUUUUCUUUUUUUUUUUUUUUUUUUCCAACACCGCUGCCGCACACCUAUUAUAACCAUUUCGAAAAGGAUGGAAGCCAACCCUAGAGAUCCGGUCGACUCGUGGCGAUGACCAGUCUGAUUUUGGAGAACGCAGACUUGAAUCGUCUGUUUCCAAAAUGUCGGCCUAGGGGCGGUAAACCCCCGAGAUCGGGGGGCUCUACGCCGAGUCAUCAUAAUCUGCAUGACCAUCAUCAAGCUGCAGAAGCUGCUCGGUUACAUCCCCCCUGCGAUAGAGAGUGCGACUCUGCAGCACUUGAAGUGGUCGUUAAUAAAAACGGUGCGAUUAUCGCAGGCACAACCACCAUCGCUACUAUCACUACAAUCGCGUCUAAUUCGGUCGACGUUAAGAACAAUAACAACAAUAAUAACAACAACAUCCACAACAACAACAACAACAACAAUAAUAAUAACGAGGAAGAAGAAGAAUAUAGAAAAAUGAUUGAUCUCGAACGUGACACCUCGGAUAAUAGGUGUAGAAAGCAAGCGAAUGGGAGAAAAAAAUCAGGUUCGCUGUCCCGUAGGACGGCGAACGUGGUCGCCGGGUUUCCGGGGGAUUCGCAGGUUCCUGUUAAUUCUGUGAAACUGCCCUCGUCGAGCUCGUCUUCGGCUUCCGGGAGGAGCGAAGAUGCUCCAAAUUACGGAAACCUCGCCGGAAGCGAUCAUCAGGCUCAGUCUCAGGACGCCCUUGACGACAGUGGACCAGAAGAAAGUCCCGUUUACAUCUUAACUUCGGCAAAAGGGGAUCGCAGCUAUAAGCUAAGGGAUUCGAGGAUAAUUGAGAUCGCUGGUGGCAGAGAAGUCUUUUCUCAGAGUCGUGGUAAAGUUGCUGCCAGGAAACCCAGGUUUUUAGCUGCUUCGAAUUCCCUCUCUAUAGACGACUGCCAGACGGACAAUAAACUAAGCGUUAAAAAAAAUAACAAAUCACCAAACAGGCAGAGUGUCUGGGAACUAAGAAGCCGAUGUGGGGAAGCUAGAAGGCAGCGAACGAACCGUGAGGUAACAGAGACCGUUUUUUCAUCGGAGGUUCAUUCGGUUCGUCGUAAUCCUACAUCAAAAUCCAUCCUGGACUACGACUCUCCAAAAAGUAACCGCGGCAAUCGGAUAAUCAAUUAUGACUCGAUAUUAAAUAGCAAUAAUGUAGAAACGUACAACACGCCAAAAAGUAUUACAGACCUCAAUUAUGGGCUGCCUAAAAACUGUGUAGACUAUCAGUCAAAUCAUACAACUCCUGCACGGAGCAUGGCAAUUGUAAAUGACGGAGAAGUUGUUGUAUUCGACGAUAUAGACGAUAACUGGCAGGGACUUAGGCUCGAUCUUGGACCUACUAAUGCCACCCAAAAUACAACAGACAAUCUAGAUAUUGAUACCGAAGACUCACAGCGCGGUAGAAUGCACCCUGAACCACCUGGAUCCAGUGUUGGAAGCACUCCUAGUCCUGCUUAUCAUCGUAAUACCUCCGAUUUUUUCAAGGUCAUUACCCCAGCAAGCGAUUGUGAGGGCGAUACUCCGCCUUUAGAGCAAAACCAUAAGGUUGCUAGGGUCAUUGGUGAGCUUCCCAUAGCACAAUAUUCAGGAAGUCCGAGGCGCUAUGGAGUUCGAGAGAACUCCAGACUUCCAACUCUGCUUUCAUCGCCUUCUAUGUACGCCCCCCCUAGACCUGGCUUUCCCCAGAGGGUUUUGCCAACUACUCCGAACCAGAAGGAGAAGGAAGAAAAAUCCGCGGAAACAUCUCAUGAAAAGCCUGCAGUGGAAUCAGUUGAGUCUGGAAUUGAAGAACCACCAUCUUGUCCUACUCCGCCGCCUCUAGAACAGGAAGAUGAGGAAGAAGAAGACGAUGAUGAUUGUCUCAAGUCUUCUUUACCUCCGAAUGAAAAUUUAUCUAGUCUCGUGUCACCGGGAGGUAGCACUUUCGACUAUUUAUAUGAAUUCUCUGAGACCCGCAAGGUCCUAGAAGAGUUUUUCAAGUGCCCUCCGCCCACGGAAGAAAAGGAUAACAAUAUAGAUUCCUCGCCAUUCCAAGAUCUUGACUACGAACUGCGGAGACAGGCAGGUAGUGCUUACGUCGGUCAGAGGUUAGCUAGUGGCCCACCCACUUUGGAAGAAGUUUUGAUACACGAGUCCCCUAAAAAACAAAGAGCGGAUUUUCCUCAGACGACGGUGGAGCACGAAAACAAUUUCUUGGAUCUAUCUGUGGGCACUGGAAGCAGCGAGGAUCUUGGUGAGACUGAAGUUGGUCUGCAAGUCGGAAAUUCUCGUAAUUUCACCUUGAGUCCAGAGACAACAGACUGUGACAGCAACUGCGGUGACCUGGACAGUGAAAUGUCCUUGAUGAUGAUGGACAAUGAACUAAUGCCAGCUAGUGGACUUCUUGGUUCUGUCGGAGAUCUUGGUAACAAUUCAGACUCCCUUAGAAUAUACACAAGCAUGCCUGUUUUGGAGGAUGGUCUGUCAAGUGGCCAUGCCAGCGAUACGGAUAACAAUAACCCAACAGUAAUGCUAAUGAAAAGGCAGAUUAACGAAAUCGAAAGGGAGAUAAUACAGAGGACACGAAACGAUAUGCUUAGCUCUGAAAACGAAUCAGGAAAAGACGUGAGCCUCAAUGUUACCAAAGAUAUUCUUCAUUCGCUCAAAGCUACUUCACCAGAUUUAUUCGUCACCACCAAAGAGCGUAAAGAUAUUUCCUAUGAUACAAAUGAUCUUGAACUCGAUGGACUUGAUCCCCUUGGCACUCCACCACCCCCAGCACCACAAGGCAGGCAAAGUGCGAAUUUAGAAAACGGAGGUGAAGUUGAAGCUGCGAUUAAAGACAUAAGAAUGGCAUUGCAAAGAACAAAGACACUCCCUGUUAAAUCUCCCUCCGAAGAACCACCUGAACCAAGCAUUAGCCCAAUUUGGAUACCAAGUAUGUUGGAUGGCAGGCGGAGAGCCUGUGGCGAAAGCAACAGCGAAGAUUCUGAAAUGAGACGGGUGGGUGAUGACGGAGAUGCAGAGGUGGAGGAAGCUGUUGAUGAGGAAGAGGCUGACACCGAUCUUGAAACCGACAGACUCCUCGGACAACAAAGAACUGAUGACCAGGGGUUUUACGAUGAUAAGGGGUGGCGGAAGCCUAAGACUAGGACAAUGUUGCCGACAAUGAGUACAAAAAUCGCCACUCCCAAACAAACACCGCCGAAAACGUUGAGCGUCGCUCCUCUAGAAGCGUUGACACCCUCAGAACCCCUGCCUUCAACUUCUGUGUCCGUGUCCCCUCCACCAUCAGUUUCCGCCACCCAAUCGUCACCUUGUGAUCGCGAAGCAACUAGUCCCACGCAAACUGUGUCGAGCCCCCAGAAGACCCCAGCCAAAAAUUCUCCCUCGCCCCCUCACAGCCUCAAGGAAUCCAACGGCAAGGUGAAAAAGGACAAAGACGGAAAAAAGAAGAGCAGAAAUAAAGAAGGUUUAUUAACGGAUCCUUCAGUUUUGAUCGAGGGGGUCUUAUUCCGUGCAAGAUAUCUCGGAUCCACACAGUUAGUAUGUGAAGGUCAACCAACAAAAUCGACGAGGAUGUGCCAAGCGGAGGAAGCUGUCUCAAGGAUAAAGGAUGGGACAGUGCCGAUGCAGGCUACGCUGGUAAACUAUGGUGGGCAACAUGCCUAUGGUCGAUGCAGUGUAGCGUCACAAGGAAGCCUCGAUGAGGAUGAAUGCGACUCAAGCGAAGAACUUAUAGGGAGUACUUCAGGUGGUGGACAAUCUGAGUCUAUCAAUAUCGGGGCACAGUCCCAGAUGGCCCCUAUCGGAGGUCCGUUGGGGCCUACAACCGUUUUCAGACUCCAGUUUCUCGGGUCGGUUGAGGUGGAAGAGGAAGGGGGACGAAAGCGACGCAAACGUCUCAAGAAACACAUGGUCGAAGAGGCUGUCACUAAGAUAAAGGCUCUGGCCCCUGAUGGAGAGACUCAACCCAGUACAGAGGUAGAUCUGUUCAUAUCUACCGAAAAAAUAAUGGUUCUCAACACAGAUCUGAAAGAAAUAAUGAUGGAUCACGCGCUGAGGACUAUUUCUUACAUAGCUGAUAUUGGUGAUCUUGUGGUAUUGAUGGCUAGGCGACGGUUUGUGCCUCAUGAGAUGGAAGAGGCGCCAAAAAUAAAUAGAACUCCAAAGAUGAUCUGUCAUGUAUUUGAAAGUGAAGAGGCACAGUUCAUCGCUCAAAGCAUUGGUCAGGCCUUCCAAGUAGCUUACAUGGAAUUCUUGAAAGCCAAUGGAAUAGAAGAUCAUAGUUUUGUCAAGGAAAUGGACUACCAAGAAGUUCUAAACUCCCAGGAGAUAUUCGGAGACGAGCUACAAAUGUUUGCCAAGAAAGAAAUGCAGAAAGAGGUCGUUGUUCCAAAAGCAAAGGGUGAAAUUCUUGGUGUGGUAAUCGUGGAGUCUGGGUGGGGGUCGAUGCUACCUACGGUGGUAAUAGCUAAUUUGGCUCCAGCAGGUGCGGCAGCUCGUUGCGGGCAACUGAAUAUCGGAGAUCAAAUAAUAGCCAUCAAUGGCGUCUCCCUUGUGGGACUUCCUUUAUCGACUUGUCAAACUUACAUAAAAAAUUCGAAAAAUCAGACUGUCGUAAAGCUCACUGUUGUUCCCUGCGCCCCAGUUGUUGAGGUCAAAAUAAAGAGACCAGACACAAAAUACCAGCUGGGUUUCAGUGUACAAAAUGGAGUGAUUUGCAGUCUACUCAGAGGUGGAAUUGCAGAACGAGGAGGAGUCAGAGUUGGGCAUAGAAUCAUUGAGAUUAAUAAUCAAAGCGUCGUAGCGGUGCCUCACGAAAAGAUUGUCAAUCUCUUAGCCACGUCUGUGGGCGAGAUUCUCAUGAAGACGAUGCCUACGUCGAUGUUUCGACUGUUAACAGGCCAGGAAUCUCCAGUGUAUAUAUAAACUUUGAAGUAAAACCUGGCCACCAUGUAGAACCAGACAAUACAUCCUUUGCUGACUAGAUCGACUCCGAUUAUAUCCUGCUUGAAUUUACGGUUCGUCUACACUCAGCUUCGAAGGAAAAAUCGGUAAACUCACUUACAAGCUCCUCCUGCUUAGCUAAUUAUUGAUGAUAAUUAUAAGUAAUCACGGCUGGAAGCCUCAGCCAGCAGCAGCAGCAGCAGCAGCCUCCCCACAAAAAAAAACGUAAGGAAAUCAUAUUUACAUAUUCUCUCUAUCGAGCAUAAUAAUUAUUUAUAUAAUUACCUAUAAAUUAUAAAAUAUAUGAUGAACAUACAUUUUAUUAAUUGUCGUCGAUUUCUCAUAGCAGUUGUCGAACAUUUGCGAUAACACCGAUUUUCACAACCGCUAUGAGAUUCGGUAUCAAAUGCGCCAAGAAAGAUAAUAGGGGAUGCAAUGCACAUCAUUAUAAAUAGCACAAAGAUCUUUACCUGAGAUUAUAGGUGGAUUAAAAUUGUAUAUUGAGUAAAUGGGGGACAUGACGUUGACGGUAUUCAUGAACAAGUAAAACAGAGGAAAUUAGCUUCUUGUGUAUAUCUCUACUUUUUCUGAGCUAAUGAUUGUCUACAUUCCUUCGUUUUAGAUCUUUCACUUAUAUUCAUAAGCGAUGCUUAUUUCAAACGCGGCGAUACACCCAACUCUAUUAUUUCUUUCGUACUAUUGAAGAAUCGAUCUAUCUAUACAUACAUAGGUAUAUGCAAUGCAUAUAAAUAUGUAGACAUGGAUAUAUUUAUGUAUACACCUAUCCAUUAAAACUCCCCAAUUUAUAAAGUAGUACAAGGACGAGAAUUUUGGUAAUUGCUCAGAAGAGCUCUAAUAGAAAAGAGGUAUAUCGUCUGCGGAUUAUGAUAUAAAUCGAGUGUAGAUGUAUUCCCAAAAAAUUCACAUCGACUUCGAGAUAUUAACAAUGCCUUCAGUUUUUUCAAUUUAUAACUUUUUCGCUUUCUUGUUUGUCGUCAUUAGGUAAAUACUCCUUGUCAAAUUAGGUUCUGUGAGCGGCAAACUUUGUCGUGGAUGUUUUAUAUGGAAGAAAAAAAGAUUGUUGAUGAUAAAAAGUAUGGAUAUAUUUUAUGGGAUCAAAAGAAAUGAGGUGUUACGUAGUUGGGUGGCCGAAAUGUAUCUAGUCAUUAUUUCUAAGGAUAAAUAAUAUAACUAAUAAUUAAUUGAAUACUCAGCCACCUCGAGCCAACCCAACUGACUGAUCUUAUAUCUAGCCAGAUUUUUAAUCAAAGGCAUUCGCAGUUUAGCGUCGUUCAAAAUAUCAGUGACCAUCUGUGUCACAGAUAUAAUCACACAAAAACACAAAGAGAUAACCCAAAAUCAUAUUGCUGUCGCUCCGCUGAUUGGGAUGAUGAAUGAAAAAUCGAUAAGUAAAUUUAGGUAAAAAAAUUUAUUGAUGCUAUGAACAGGUGUUUAUAAAAUUUUUUAUUCGACUAUAAUUACAUCAUCCAGUAAAUAUACCUGGUAGGAAAAAUCUAUGUGGUACACAAGCUAUUUAAACGCCCAUUUUUUUAUGUAUUUAUUCUAUGGGGCAUCGGUUGAGCCACAAUUGAUUGAUCUGAGCACGAUCUACCUUAGAAUCUAUUCUAUUACCUCUUUAAAAUAUUAUAACUUAAAAUCAUAAUUGCCAGUGAAUUACAUUGUGAAAUUGACAGUACCUUGACCUCUGCGAGUUGAUUUGUUUAAUUUAUAAUUAAAAAUAUGUAUCUUUACGAAUUUCAUCUCUUUGCUGAUGGCUCUCAGCUUAAGCUCAAAACUGAUGGCGAUGAAAUGAUAGAUGACAAGCAGCAAAUUGUAAAAAAAAAUACAAAAUUUUGAAGAACGGAUUAUAAAGUAGGUGCAGUUGUUAGGAUGAAGAAAAUGGAAAAUAUACUAAGAAAUAACAAAGAAAAACGCCCAUCCAUAGAAUAGUAAUGAAAAGAGAAGUAGGAAGAAAAAAAACCAACUAUGAAUAAUUAUAUCUUAUAAUGAAAUAUACAUACAAUACUAUAGAGCUUACGCCGUAGCUUCACGAGUCAUGAGUAAAAUGCACUUGAGAAAAAAAGAAUAUAAAAAAACCAAAAAAAAACAACCAACAACAGCAACAACAACUAUCAUGACUAUCUCUUAUCAAUGUUUGUGAGUGUAUUAUAUAAGUUGAACUAUUAGUAGGUAAGCGAAUAAUUAUUAAGAAUAUGAGUAAAUAAUUAUUUAAAUAAGCGAGCUAUUUGAAUGUGUAUAUGGUUAUUAUACUAUACUAGUCCAUACAAAGAUAACAAUAAACUGUAAUUUUGAAUUCAAA